AUGGAGAACUACAACCAAUUCUUACUUCAACAGUUGAACCCGUUCUUACGAAUACAUAUUGAUCCCACAAUCAUCAACACCAAUGAGGUUAAGACACUACUAACUCAAUUUGAAUUAUACAAUGUCAAGAAUAAAGUAUGGGAUAAUGGUGCUAUACGAAAUCGAUUAACUACUCCAAAAUACAUAAUUAAUGUAGACCAUGAAGAUAACAUUGACGUGCCCAAGAGGGACAAGUUACCGAAUCAACAUUCAGCAAUAUCACCUUUUAAUAAAGAGUCACUUAUCUUCCCCAACGGAAUAUUAACUCAUCAAUGGUUCGAAAAAUACAUUACCAAACUUCCAUUUGGAUUGAUUUAUGUUUGCGAGUUGGGUUCCGCGGCAAAUGAUGUAGAGCUUGUUAUCAAUAUGAAGAAGUUGAAGUUGAAAUUGGAAGAAAUUGAUUGUAAAUUGAUUUUGUUAUUGAUCACGCCACAAUCAAUAGAUGAGGAACGAAUGAAUAUGUUUAGAGCAGAGUUAAAUUUUCCCAAACCACAGUUUUUAUUCAAUUUGUCUAAACUGUCUUUAUCGGUACAACUGGAUUGUGAAGUGCUUGUGAGUAAGAUCUUGUCAAGUUUGACAAAGACAUCCCAUGAUUAUUAUGCCAAUUUGGAAUACAAAUUGAAACAACGAUACAAGAAAAUCUAUGAUAUACCACCAACUGAUGACAUUGAUACUUCGAUUGAACUCACACCUAAAUUCCUAGAGAUUCGAAACAUGAUUAAACAAGCAAUGAUUUUACAAUUUAUGAACCCAUCCAACCUAGAACCGGGAAUUAAGCUAUUAGAAAUUGCCUACCAGGAUUUAAUCUCAUUACUAGAUGGAAUAUACGCGGUAAACUUACUGGAUCAUGACAAUACCAUAAUUGGUCAGCUCAUGACGUUGGUGGAUAUAAUUGCAUUCCAUAUAGUUCGGGGGUAUUUCACAAUUGAAGAACCAAUAAAAUCAUUACGUAAACACAAGACACAUAUAAUCAAUGUUGUUGAAGUAUUGCAACGAGAUCAUGAUUGGAUUUCGGUCCAAUACGAAUGGUUGGCGCAAUUGAUGAAAUUGAUACCUUAUUCAAUUAUAACGAAUUUAAAUACGACGGCAGUUUUACAAAUGAAGGCUAAACUGAAGAGUGCUAACACUCUGGCCAUGAUGAGUCAUUUUGGUGGGAUACAUACUCCUGAAUUUGAUUUGAUUACUAAUCCUGGUCUUGUGCUAGUAAAGGCGUAUGAAAUGAAUAGUGAUACGAAGAAAAGAAUUGAGUUAUUACAAAGUGCAAUUGAGACUUUAGAGACGAAUCAACUGAAUGCAUUACAUAAAUCACUGGUUUCGGGACAAGAUAAUCUCGAUUCGCUAUUAUCGUAUCUUACAUGGCUUAUUGGGGAGGAAUAUUUCUCAAAUGGAGAUUUCAAACAAGCUUCUGAUUAUUUUGAAAUGGCUUAUAGUUCAUUAGGACUGGCUAAAUGGACAAAUAUAAGCUAUUUCCUUUUGGAGAAGUUGUUGCAAUGUUAUACGAGAUUGAGGGUCAAGAAACUGGAAUUGAAUACGAUAUUGAAAUUGAGUACGAUUCCAAAACAGUAUAUUCAGAAUAAGUUGGCGCAUUCAAGUACUAAUAUGUUUGAGUUUGAUAAUGGAUCUGAUGCUAUGGAAUUGGACAUUUUAGAUUCUAAAUUGCAUGAGAUAUUUCUUGUUGAUGUUUUAUUAAUUAAUGAUAAACUUUGUCAUGACACUACGGUUAAUGAUGAUGUAUUGAUUCAAAUUGAUUUGAAAUCAAAAUUGAAUUUGAAGAUGAUGAAACUCCUACUCUCUGAACUGACUGAGAUUAAAGUAUCACUUAAUCAAAUUGAUGUGUCAUUUACGAGAAUCGAUGAUAAGCUAAAUACUACAUCACCGGGAUUAAAGCAUAUUUCAAUUACAAAUGAUGCAACAAAGCAUCGAACCAAUGCCAACCUGAUAAUAUCAAAUGGACAGGAGUUGAACACGACAUUUGUUGAUUCUGCAAAUUUAGCAAUUGACUCAUCUAAUUCACUAUUGACUAUUCAACAAGUACAAAAAGUGACCAGUGCUGGGCAUUUUCAAAUUGACGUAAUUAAACUACAAAUCACUAUUGAAUUGAAACACAAGAACAAAGUAAUUCGAUUGAAUAAAAUUGAAUUACAUCAAUCAUUUCCUCACGCCCUUAUUCAACGACGUAAAGUGAAAUUAGCCAAUGGUACAUCAAAACCAAUUCGAUUAGGAAACGAUGGAACAUCAUCAACAGCAACAGUAUCAACAGCACAUCAGUUGAUUGUCACUCCACCAAAACCGGAUUUUUCAAUUGCAUUGAGUAAAGAGAUUGAUUGUUAUAUCGUUGGUGAGAGAUUAUCCAUCCCCAUGAAAUGUGAGUUCAAGAACAAAGGUAUUUUCCAUAGAGCUCAUUUGAUGGCUAAUGUGAAACAUGGAGAUGUUGUGGUUACUUGGGAUAAAUUGAAAGAUGAAGAGCCGAUUGAAUUAAAAGUAGGUGCCAAUGCAGAAGAGGUGGAGGAGAAACAUGAGCAUGUGUUGCAUGUGUAUGCGAGAAAUUGGUCCGGUGAUGUUAUGAAUAUUGAAGUUUCCUUAGCCGUGGUUUAUAAUGAAGUAGAAGGAGAAGGAGAUGAAUCAAGUGAUGACAAGGGAAAGGAAAAUAGGGACGUUGGUGUGGAUGGCGGUGAUGCUUCAGUUGUAUAUAAAGUGUUUGAGUUACAGUUACCCGUUGUUCCAGAACCUUUCCAGUAUCAUUAUUCCAUUAGCCCCUAUUUGGAUGAAAAAUGUCUUACCCAAAACGAAGAGGGUAGUACGACCAAGGAGGUUGAAGAGGAAGACACAGCUCUCAAAAACAAGCCUGAUUUUCCUUUGCUGUUAAGACAAUGGAGAGGUAAAUUGAGGCUUGUUGAUCAAUACGCACUGAAAUUUGGAUCCACUACAAGUGAUUCACGGGAAAAACUACUCAAUUCACUACAAAUUAUUGAUGUCAACUUUGAUAUUAUUUCAGGUCUACCUGACUUGUUAUUAAAUCUAGUGAGUAAGGAAGGUGAGUAUGAUCAAUUGUUUACUACACAACUUCCACCACUGGGUAAAAUAUAUCGAAAUGCACAAAUUAUUACGUCAAUGGUUGUGAAAUGGAAACGUCCUGAUGAAAAGAAAGACAGUGGUGGUGAUGGUGAUGGUGAUCAUGAUGAUCAUGAGGUGAUUAAUGAAUUUAGCAUAUCGGAAUGGAAAGUGCAAGUUCCUUUAGUUGAUCCACGCGUGUUGCUCUAUAUCAAAGAGAAACUGACUAGUGGUAAAGAUGAUGGCGAUUAUUUCACGUUUUAUUAUGUGAUUGAGAAUCCUAGUAUUCAUUCAUUGACUUUUGUUUCUGAAUUGACUAAUUUUGAUAAAUUAUGGCAACUUGAUACAUCUGCAGAUGGAAAUGGUGAAGAUGAAGACAAUGAUAUGCAAAAGUAUCUCAGUUCGAAACCGUUUACGGUGGACCCUAAUUAUCGAAAAAUUAUUCAAUUUCAACUAAAAAAAGUGGAACAGCAUUUGGGUUCAGACAGUGCUAGUGUUGCUGUUAAAUUACCUACUUUCAAAUUAUUUGAUAUAAAUUACAAGGUGUAUUUGUAUGUGGUUCCAACUCAGUCUAACGUUAAAUUAAAAGAUGGAAACUUAUACCUAUUAUAG